AUGGCGGGUGGGCUUGAAUGUGCCAAGGUAGCUACGAGCAGUGAGACGUGUGACCUCAUGGCUGCUGUUCUGCCAUCAUAUUGCAGAUUUCAAGUAGAACAUGUGAAGAAAUUUAUUUUAAUUUGAUUCCUUUCUCCAAUCGUAGACAUACCAGCAGCUCCCGUCAAUGUCACAGUUCGACAGCUGCAGGCCAACUCGGCAGUGGUAUCAUGGGAGGUUCCUGAUGGAGAUGCUGUUAUUGGCUAUGCUAUAUCACAGCAGAAAAAGGAUGUGAGAAUGCUACGCCUUAUUCAGGAAGUGAAUACCACAACCCGUUCCUGUGUAUUGUGGGACUUAGAGGAGAAUACUGAGUAUAUUGUCCAUGUGCAGUCAAUUAGUCUGAGCGGUGUGAGCCCAGCUAGUGACCCUAUCUCCUUUUGGACCCCAAAGGAAGCCGAGAAAUCAGCUUCAAAAGAGGAGGUUCAGCAACAUUAUACACAACUAAGGAUGGGCGAGAUGAUCAUUAUUCUGGUUGUGCUCGUCAUGUGGGCAGGUGUAAUAGCAUUAUUUUGUAGGCAAUAUGAUAUCAUCAAGGACAAUGAACCUACGAAUAAUAAGGACAAAGCCAAGAGCUCUUCAGAGUACAGCACACCAGAACACCCAACAGGAGGUCUACUACGCAGCAAGGCCAGACUUGGAGAGGUACUUCCUGUACCUCUGGUUCCACAGGAAGAUUCUUUCUAA